AUGGUAUGGGUCACGCACAUCAAGAUAGGGCGAAUUCAAAAUGCCUCCAGGGGCCGCCGCGACCGAGCGGGCGGCAACACCCGAGCUGACCGAGCAAUCGGCGGCACCACGGCACCGCAGCCACUGCGAACCUCAAAUCGACCAAUCAGAGUUCCUGUAUCAUACUCUCAGGAGCAAGAGAGGGACGCCGCUAGCAGACGCCAGAGAAAGAACCAACCGGAACCUCACCAACACGAGAGUGCAACAGCGGGACACGUUGCGCCUACACCUGACCAAACGGACCCAAUUCUACGAGCGAUUCUAGAAGCCUUCGGGAAGAUUGAGACCUCAAACAAAUACUUUCACCAAGAGAUUGAAGCGAGACAUGUGGAGAGGUCCAGAUUCCAGUCUCAGAUCACCGAGCUUCGUAACGAGCUGUGCCGGAGGGACGAAAGAUACCAAGAGGAGAUAAAGAGGUACAAGGUUGCACUGGCGGAGAUGCAGGAGAAGGUGGAGGAACUCAAACAAACGGCUCUGACAGCCAAUCUGACAGCAUGUACCUGUAAUGGUCACUACGAAGAGCUGCGGGCGGAGCGACUGGAGCUCCACACCGUGGUGACCAGCCCGAGCAUAGGCCGGAGCUGGGCAUCGAUUAUGUCUCAGCCAUCGGUAGUGCCGUCGAAUACCUGGGCUGUGCGCUCGAGCCUCGGUCUCUCGGCUGUCGUCCUGGACGUACGAUCAGCAAGUGACGAAAUCAAAGCGUUGGUUGACGACCCCGUAUAA